GAAUAAGGACCUAUAAUUACUCUAUAAUGAGCAUCAUCUUUCUUUUAUCUUUGUCUGUCUCUUAGAUAUCGCUUUCCAAAACUCAGGGUUCUCGCUCUCGCAUCGCAUCAUCGAUUUGUUCGAUUUCGCAUGCGCAAGUCGCAUCUCUUACAUGCAUAGUUCUCGCAUCCGCCAUUACGGCGUCACGAUCGCUUAAAAGAAUUGAUUGAAACGCCCUCGUUGUGAAAAAUCAGAAGCUCCUCUUGAUAGUUUCAGAUCGUUGAUGACAACGCCGUCUGUGAUCAUUUUCAUUGCGUUCCACGAGUGGCAGUUUGGUAAAAUAGCGAAGUGUUUGUAAAUUAGUGCUUUGAAGUACUUGUGCACCUAUGUUCUCAAAACCAGAAAUAUGCCGCCUCCUGAGAAGAAAAAUCCGGCAAAAUCAAAAACUAUACUGCAGACUUAUUUGGAUUCUUUUGAACAAGAGGAUGACGAGGAGCCAACAACAGUUAUUGCAGUUAAUGGUAGUGGAGAUGAAGCUGAUACAGGAGUUACUUACUUUGUGGAUGAAGAGGGUCGGUACUACUACCAGCAAUCAGGAGACGAUCAGAAUCUUGUCUCUCUGCCCACGGAGAGAGAUGAAGAGAAUGCAGAGAUAUCUCAGGAAGCGCAGAUGUUAGUGGAUGGAGAGGGCUAUCAAACGGUGACAUUUGUCCCUUCGGAAGGCGGUGGUGCUGAAUUGAGUUACGUGCUGGUCAUGCCUGAGGAAGUAGAAACGAAAUCUGUGCUAAGCGUCGAUAUUAAGGUAGAUAAGGAUGAAGAUAAAAGCUGCGAUGUAUACACGUUUGAGGAUGAAGAAGACGAUGACGCUGCUGACGAAAUUUCCGACGAUCCAGAUGACGCAAAGAAUAAACCACCUUCGAAGCGCAGUAAGAAUAUUCGGCCGCAUUUCACUUGCAAUUUUUGUUCGUACACAAGUCACAGACGGUACCUCUUGCUGCGCCACAUGAAGACUCAUUCGGAAGAGCGUCCGCACAAGUGUGGGGUUUGUGAACGUGGCUUUAAGACAGUGGCAUCAUUGCAGAACCAUGUGAACAUGCACAAUGGUAUAAAACCACAUGUGUGCAAAUACUGCAAAAGCCCGUUCACUACAUCAGGGGAACUAGUUCGCCACGUUCGCUACCGCCACACACACGAAAAGCCCCACAAAUGCAGCGAGUGUGACUACGCAUCAGUUGAGUUAUCCAAACUGAGGCGCCAUUUGCGUUGCCACACUGGUGAAAGACCGUACCAGUGCCCCCAUUGCACGUACGCGUCCCAGGACACGUUCAAGUUGAAACGUCACAUGCGGACGCACACUGGCGAAAAACCCUACAAGUGCGACAGUUGCAACAUGUGCUUCACACAGUCGAACUCUCUCAAGGCUCACAAACUAAUACACAAUGUGUCAGAAAAGCCUGUGUUCCCGUGUGAGCUUUGUCCGACGAAAUGUGGCCGAAAAACUGAUCUACGAAUCCACGUGCAAAAACUUCACACUUCCAAUAAACCGCACAAAUGCAAAAGAUGUGGCAAAUCGUUCCCAGAUCGUUAUUCAUGUAAAAUUCAUAACAAGACCCACGAGGGUGAGAAGUGUUUCAAAUGCGAGCUCUGUCCGUAUGCUUCCACUACACUACGUCAUCUCAAAUCCCACAUGCUCAAGCACACUGAUGAAAAACCUUUUGUCUGUGACCAGUGUGACCAAUCCUUUCGGCAAAAGCAACUAUUGCGACGUCAUCAAAACCUGUAUCACAAUCCGAACUACGAACCAAAGCCGCCAAAGGAGAAAACUCACACUUGCCACGAAUGCCAGCGAACAUUCGCUCAUAAGGGCAAUCUGAUCCGUCAUCUGGCUAUACAUGAUCCUGACUCAGGCCACCUUGAGAGGGCGCUGGCACUUAAAUUGGGGCGGCAGAAGAAAAUCAAGUUUGUGAAUGGAAAUGCUAAGACCGAUGAAUCCGAUAAUGACAAUGAGGAAAUAAUGAAAUUGGAUUUGGGUGACAAUCAACUGGAGCGCGGCGAAUUGCUGACGGUGGCGGACGGUGAUGGGCAGCAAUAUGUUGUGUUGGAGGUUAUCCAGGCGGACGACACUGACGAUCAGCAGCUCAUCAUCCCCUCCAACGAAUACAUCGUGGAAGAGGAAGAAGAAGAAGAAGAAGAAGACGAAGAAAUGGAUAAGAAAGAAAUUUUACAGCAAAUAAAUGAGAGAGCUUUGGAGAAAUCAAUCAAACUUGAAAAAGAUGUUGAUACCUGCUUUGGUUUUGAUGAGGAUGACGAUGGUGAUGAGGAAGAAGUGGAAAUUAAUUACAAAGAUAAAGUUGAAUUGCAUAAUAUGACUUAGUUACCUCACUUAUUUGGUAAAGAAUAUAUUUAUGUGAACAAUUUGCUGCAAAGUAAAGUUAACAUUUACUUGUCAGAUCUGCUUAUAUAAGAGAUAUGAGAAACUGUUUGGAGUGACUCCACUAUGUUAUUUUUCCAGUGAAAAAAAAACACAUAGAAUUCAGUUUUACAAUUCAUUUCUUGAAAUAGAUUAAAGUUUAACUUUAAAGAACAGCUAAAUACAUGGUACCAAUGAACAGGUACAUUGUAAUUUGGCGACAAAUUAGUAGACCAAUGAAAUAACAAAGAUAUAAAAUUAUCCCAGCAACACUCAAUGAAUAUGAUAUGAUAUGAUAGAAAUGUGACAUAGAUGGAUCAAGUUUAAAAUGUCGAAUUGAGUUUGAAUUGUAUGUAAUAUGCUCCGUGUUUUGAACUUUGCAGCAAUAAACUCACUUAGGACUACUAGCGUAAGAAUAUUUAUCUAUUCACCUAAGUCAUUUAACGCUUAAUCUCAUUUACGCUGGAUUUAGACCUAAUUGUUAACAUCAACAGCCUCAUUCAUGCCUUCAAUGCUCUUUGUAUGGGUGUGCGACCGCAUUAGGCUAAACCGUAAAUGAAGGAAAAUAGUCUUCUAUGGAUAAUUAAAACACCUAUUUUGCAACCAUUACCACAACAAGAAUCUUGCACUUGCUUGUGAAAUCUUGAAUUAUAAAGACAGUACUGGGGAUUUAUCUAUUUGAGUUCUUGGUAUGUUAAAUUAAAUAGAUAUGUUGGCAAUUUUCUAUAUGACAUAUAGAAAAUUGCCAGAAAUUACAUUCUUGAAAAAUCCUCCUUUGUUACCUAUAGGGAAGCGUUUAGUAUGAUGUUCAGUUUAUUCAUAAAGUUCAUUCCCAUAAAAAUAACGCUAACUCAAUGUCACACAUGUGUGUGCAUUGGUACGUAUAUAGUCCAUGUUGGAAAUCUUGACGCUCGACCCUACACCAAUAAGUAUCUGUUUUCCUGGACUAUAGUCGUAAAAAUGGCCCGUUUUGACAUUUGUGCAAGACCAUAGAAUGUAACUUGGAACGAAAC